UCCGUCGUCUCGUUUCCGGCGGUCGCGCGCUCUUUUCUCGGGACGGUGGAGCCUGGGUAGCGUCGCCGUUACUCUGCGGAGAGGACUGUUGGUAUUGGCGAAGUCGAAGUUAGGACUGGAGGCACUUUGCUGUCUUCAAUCAAGUUGAGGGUAUAAAAAUGCAGAGCAAUAAGACCUUUAACUUGGAGAAGCAGAACCAUACUCCAAGGAAGCACCAUCAGCAUCACCACCAGCAGCAUCAUCAGCAGCAGCAACAGCAGCAGCAGCCACCGCCACCAAUACCUGCAAAUGGGCAGCAAGCCAGUAGCCAAAAUGAAGGUUUGACUAUUGACCUGAAGAAUUUUAGGAAACCAGGAGAGAAGACAUUUACCCAACGUAGCCGCCUCUUUGUGGGCAAUCUUCCCCCUGAUAUCACUGAGGAGGAAAUGAGGAAACUAUUUGAGAAAUAUGGGAAAGCAGGAGAAGUUUUCAUUCAUAAGGAUAAAGGCUUUGGCUUUAUCCGCUUGGAAACACGAACCCUUGCAGAGAUUGCCAAAGUGGAGCUGGAUAAUAUGCCUCUCCGUGGAAAGCAACUGCGCGUGCGCUUUGCCUGCCAUAGUGCAUCCCUUACAGUCCGAAACCUUCCUCAGUACGUGUCCAACGAACUACUGGAAGAAGCAUUUUCUGUGUUUGGCCAGGUGGAAAGGUUCUGUAUAAUGACAUUGAAAGGUUUUGGUUACUUGAGAUUUCCUCGGCCUGUGACUGUGGAGCCUAUGGACCAGUUAGAUGACGAAGAAGGACUUCCAGAAAAGCUUGUUAUAAAGAACCAGCAAUUUCACAAGGAGCGAGAGCAGCCACCUCGAUUUGCACAGCCUGGCUCAUUUGAGUAUGAAUACGCCAUGCGUUGGAAGGCACUUAUUGAGAUGGAGAAGCAGCAGCAGGAUCAGGUGGACCGCAACAUCAAAGAAGCCCGUGAGAAGCUGGAGAUGGAGAUGGAGGCUGCUCGCCACGAGCACCAGGUCAUGCUGAUGAGGCAGGAUUUGAUGAGACGCCAAGAAGAACUUCGGAGAAUGGAAGAACUGCAUAACCAAGAGGUCCAAAAACGAAAGCAACUGGAGCUCAGGCAGGAAGAGGAGCGUAGGCGCCGUGAAGAAGAAAUGCGGCGACAACAAGAAGAGAUGAUGCGGCGACAGCAGGAAGGAUUCAAGGGAACCUUCCCUGAUGCGCGAGAGCAAGAGAUACGGAUGGGCCAGAUGGCUAUGGGAGGUGCUAUGGGCAUAAACAACAGAGGCGCCAUGCCCCCUGCUCCGGUGCCAGCUGGUACCCCAGCUCCUCCAGGACCUGCCACUAUGAUGCCCGACGGAACCUUGGGAUUGACGCCACCAACAAGUGAACGCUUCGGCCAGGCCGCUACGAUGGAAGGAAUUGGGGCAAUUGGUGGAACCCCUCCGGCUUUCAACCGUGCAGCUCCUGGAGCUGAAUUUGCUCCAAACAAACGUCGCCGAUACUAAUAAAGUUGCAGUGUCUAGUUUCCUGAAACCCUUAAAAGAAGGAACCCUUUUGGACUAGCCAGAAUUCUACCUUAAAAAAGUGUUAGGGAUUCUUCCCAAUAGUUAGGUCUUCCCUACCUGUACUACUCUAAGGGAGUAUGCUGGGGGCAGAGGGCAAGGGAGGGGUGAUACUUAACAAAUUCUGUGUGGUUUGUUUAAUCGGUUCUGUGUGACGCAUUCCUGAAAUUUCAAAUAUAAUGAAUUGUUGAAGGCUUGGGGAACCAUGACAGGAUGAUUCCUUAGAGUCCCAUUGAUCUUGAGCAUUCCGGGUUUUUUUGUCCAUCGUGUUUUAUUUGCUUUCUACACCCCUCACGCCCAGAGACACUGCCACAUACGCCACA